AAAACGUGUUGGCAAAAGAAAAUUCGUCAUUUUCGCUAUCGCAGGAUAUUUAUGUCCCUUAUCUUCACACACAAUUAAAUCAGUUACUCUAGUGCGGAAAAGGAAGUGGUUAAAAGCAUGAGCGAUCUUCCCAAUGUACAGCGCCUUCAGUUAGAGGAAGCAGCCAAGGUCGAAAACGGUCCGGGUGUUGUAGAGGAAGAUGUAGUGGAUCCGUGGACUGUUACCAGCACAUCGGAUGCAGGAAUCGAUUACGAUAAACUGAUAAAACGAUUCGGAUCAUCACAUAUCGAUGCGGCAUUGGUCGAGCGCCUCGAAAAGGUCGCCGGAAAACCGGUUCACCAUCUGAUCAAGCGUGGCAUAUUCUUCUCCCAUCGUGACCUUCACAUACUGCUGAAUGCAGUGGAAGCAGGCAAGAAGUUCUACCUCUACACUGGCCGUGGUCCUUCGUCGGAUUCAAUGCAUUUGGGUCAUUUGGUGCCAUUUAUCGUCACCAAAUGGCUUCAGGAGGCGUUCGACGUACCGUUGGUCAUUCAGCUGACCGACGAUGAAAAAACCCUUUGGAAAGAUCUUACGAUCGAGCAGUCGAUGCGGAUGGCGAGGGAAAAUGCGAAGGAUAUUAUAGCAAUCGGUUUCGACCCGAACAAAACGUUCAUUUUUUCCAACCUCGAUUUUAUGGGCCAGUGUCCACAGUUUUAUCAAAACAUUAUCCGCAUCCAGAAGUGCGUCACGUUCAACCAGGUGAAGGGCAUCUUCGGGUUCGGCGACUCGGAUGUAAUCGGAAAGAUCGGCUUCCCUGCUGCCCAGGCUGCGCCCGCAUUUUCUACCACGUUCCCGUUCAUCUUUGGCAACGAUAAGCUGCCAGUGCUGAUACCGUGCGCCAUCGAUCAGGAUCCAUACUUCCGCAUGACGCGCGACGUGUCACCCAGACUGGGAUUCCCGAAGCCUGCCUUAAUUCAUUCUAGCUUCUUCCCAGCGCUGCAGGGCGCGCGAACGAAGAUGUCCGCCAGCGACACCAACUCGGCCGUGUUUCUGACGGACACGGAGAAACAAAUCAAAACGAAAAUCAACAAACAUGCGUUCUCAGGCGGAAGGCCAACGCUCGAAGAGCACCGCGAGCUGGGAGGAAACACGGAUGUUGAUGUGAGUUUUCAGUUAUUGAAGUUUUUCCUGGAGAAUGACGCGGAACUGGAGCGCAUUCGGGAGCAGUACAGCAAAGGCGAACUGCUAAGCGGUGAAAUGAAAAAGAUUGCUAUCGAAACACUGCAACCAAUCGUAACGGAGCACCAGCGUCGCCGGAAGAAUGUGACGGACGAAGUGUUGAAUCAGUUCCUUAAGCCGCGAAAGCUUAAUUACGAGUUUACGGUUGGCACCGGAGACGCUGCCAAUGGCGCGGCAAGCGAAGGCAAGAAAAAGAACAAGAAGGCUUCAAAGCAGAAAUAAUCUCUGUGCUCCAGACAAGAAAGCAAACAGAGUGAUCGGUACUUUCGGAGAGCAUGAUGACCAAGAUCGUCAUGAAGCUUCGCACUUUCGGCAACAGUGCUUCGGUUGUUAAGACGUAUGCUACACCGCCUCGUUAUGAUUAUGAACCCAUAGUCGAUGCCUUCGAAAGCAACCUGGCGUUUCUAUCAUUAAAUGA